GGUCAGUGCACUUUGACCAAUCAAUCAUUCAUUCAUUCAUUCAUUCGUUCACUCACUCACUCAUCCAUUCUCGAGUCUGUUUCAAUGAGAGUGUGUUCUCAUCAGACAUGUUCGCACGGAAAGAUGAGAACUUGUUGUUGUGUGGCGAGAUGUCUGUCUGUCUGCAGCGGCUGAUGGCUCUUUGCAGCGGUUGCUGCCUUAUCCGGCCGAUGAUACUUUUUUGAGCUCACCAUCCAACCUUUCGCACAGUCCUUGCCUUGCCCUAACUACUGUCACUUGGAGAGUGAGCGAUUUACUGAGACACGAAAAAUAGUAUGUCGUCAGACUCACAAAGAAACAACCGACAGCACAUCUUAAGCUUCCAUGCACCGAAAUCACACAUUCACACACCCAGGAGGAGCAGUCUGAUCCUCAUGAGCCCGGGGCGCGGUCUCCUCUUCAGCCUCCAUCUCAUAUUCAUGGGCCCGGGGUGCAGUCUCCUCUUCAGGUUCCGAGUCAUGUUUAUGGACUCGUUUGUCGAUCCCCAUAGAAUCCAGCCGGGCCUUGUCCGUCACGUCUCUGUCCACUUGUCGCUCAGAUUUUGUCUCCAAGAUGCUCUUCGCUCGUGAUUCGCGGGUGUCAGACUUCGAGCGCUUUCGUGCAUCGGUCGUGGCCUUCGGCUGGUCUUUCCCUGUUUCUUCCUUGCGCUUACAGAGGCAUUUUCUUACGAAGGCCCACCCAAAGCCGGCCACACUGGCCGCCACAGCAAGGAUGCCGCCAACGAUGCUGAGGAUGGUAUCGAGACAUUCGGGCUUGGCGUACGAGAAAAACCCACAUUCGUCGUCUUCCUUCCCAACCUCUCCUUCGUCCAGCAGGAAGAAGUCGGGAUUGGUCAUCUCCUGCGGCGUCCGAUGGAGAAUGCGCACCCGGUUGCUCUCGUCGAGAUUGAUGAUGACGCUGCCAAUGGUCAUUCUCUCCUGGAUAUCCUUCAUGCUCUUGAUGGAAGGAAAGCUGACGAGAUUGAGCCGAUCGUGCGUACUGCCAGUGUCAAAGUCGAGGAUUGUCACUUCGCCAGGCUCCCUGCCGAUGACAAAGCUGUCUGCUCCUCUUCCGCCAAUCAGCUGGUCAUCGCCGCCCCGUCCAUCCAGCAGGUCUGCCCCGUCACCACCUAAAUUCAAAGGGAAACGAUGCGGGCCUCCAUACGCGUACGGCAUGUGUACACACCGAUGAGGGUGUUGCUUUGGCUGUUGCCGCGCAGAGUAUCGUCGUGUCUCGACCCUUCCACAGUAGCGAUAGGGCUGCCCUCAGCUAGAGUCAUGAACUUCCUGCUUUCUGAGUCUGAACAGGACACGCGCACCUCUACACCUGACAAGACAACCAAGAAAAGGGGAGACUGUGCAGACAUGAUCUGCCGGCAUUCCUGCAUUCAUUCAUUAAUUCAUACUUCCUGUGCCAUAGUAAGAAGCUUGGCAUCCUUCUGCCGGAUCGCCAUCCGCUCCACCAGAUACAAUAUCUACCUCGUCAAGGGGAAUGGGGAUUACAUUUGGUGGAAGGGGCGGCGUCGUGGUGCCAUCUGACGGAUCAGGAGGUCCUUCAUUUUGGGGAUUCUUAGGGCUGUCUGUAGUGUGAGACCCGCCUGGAGAAACACAGAGAGUUAGGAAAAUACGCAUACGCUUUGCUCUUCCCUUCCCUGGCGGACCGGACGAUUUCUCUGGAAGAACAAGAGGAGACAUGCAAUAAAUAACAACAAACGAGUCCUGCCUCACCAUAAGUGACGAUCAAUAUAUUGGACGCGACAUUAGGAUUGCCAAGCGUAUCGUCUAUCUUCUCGGCAGGUAGCUGAAUCUGUAUGUCCCCGUCUUGUUCCCCAGCAAUCGAGACACUGAUGUCGAAGUGCUGGCCUGUUGAGCCCUUCUCUUGAAUGCUGGCAACCGAAGCGCUCACAGGGACGUGUGAGCGUCCCGUGAGGACGAAGUCGGUGGUUUCUAGUGUGUCGACGUCGAUAGCUUUUUGGAAGCUGACCGUUACAAGGAACGGAUUUGUCAUCGUGACGCCGUCACCAAAACUGCUUAGUAGGACGGGCUCUGGCUUGCUUGUAUCUGAAGAAAAAGGGAACUGAACACCUUGCUUGUGACAAAGGAAAGGUGUCUCAGUCUUGCCUAUGGAAAUGGUCAAGACUUGGGACGCUUCAUUGAAGUGUCCAGGAGCAUUCAGCAGCUCCACUCGACCUUCCCUCAUCUGAAAGCUCACGUCUCCUUGUGUGUCACUGACUGGCUGUACGUCGAUGGUGAAGUCCUUGUUCGACAAGCCUUGCAGAUUUGUCAGCGAGACUUCGGCACUACCCGACACUUGAACAUCGGUGACAGCCAGCGAUUCGGUCUUGGCAGGCUGAGAGAAGGCGAUCGUGAGAAUGAACGGGCUGCCGCCAUAUGUCUUGGAUCCGGUGCUAAGGGAAGGUAUCAUUGGGCGAGCUGUACACGAGGGGGAAGAAAAAAAAACACACACACACACACAUACAUACUGCUUUACACUUCAGUAUGUGUGCUUCCUUUUUUCGUCAUGUGUCUCACGUGUACAGACAGAAGGCCCUCGUCCAUAAUAGGAUGUCUGUUGCUCACACUCCCAUCCAGCUUCAACUUGGCACAUGUCGUCACAUCCAUCGCCACUCUGUGGGGCCACUGGAGUGUGUACUGUGCCAAUAUCGUCGCAUGUCUCGAUUCCCGGCAUGACCACACCGUCUCCGCAUACAUUGGCACACCUUCGAGUCUCUGAGUUGUCAUCAAUCGUCGCGUAGCUCUCGUCCGCAAGGUCAGCUGGACUGUGUAGCCAAUAGGACUCUUGACCCGUUUUCAUCAGCACGCCGUUCCUUGUGAUGGUAAGCGAAUCAGCACCACUUUGUAUCUUUUUGGUGACCCACAUCAUGCAGGGAGGAGUGUGCUCCACAAGAUCGUUCUCCACAAAGCAAUUGUCCACGAUCUCAAUGUGUGUCCCUGGAGCGAACAGUGUCAUUGAGAUUGGAUAGUUGAUUCCUGUAUUUUGACGAAACGUUGACCGCUCGAUGGUCCCUGAAGUCGACCCGAAGACAAGUCCUCCAGGAUACUCAACGGUGCUCGCGCCGACAAGGUUCGUCAUCUUGUGGUUGGCUUCGAAAAGAGAAUCAAUAAUGGUGAAGCCCUGAGGCACAGCGUCGACCCAGAUAAUACUUCUCCAGUAGUUUUCCUCAUGAUCUCGACUAGAGAAGCCGGUGUUGCCAGUGAAGUGGCAGCUCUCGACCGUCAGUGGCGCUUCCGAGACGAAAAUAAGGUGUCCGGACUGCAUGUCGCUCUUGAAGGUCGAAUGUUGAAGAAUUGCUUCUUGCCCAAUGUCGAUCAGUCGGAUGUCGAUCAGAUCGAUUGCCCGGUCUGGCAUGCAUUCGCACCGGUAAAAUGGAUCGUCAGGGUAGAGCGUAGGGUAAGAACAAGAGCAUCCUGCCGUAUACUGAUUGUUUUCGAAUGUCGCCUCAUGAGUGAUCACCAGACAUGUCCGAAGGGAGACUAUUUGGCGGUCAAUAAGAGGAGUGACGAUGUUCUUCCGAUCAUCGAUGUCAUUUGUAUGAAGAUCCCAAUGAACGUCUAUGUAGUUGCCGUAGAUAAGGCUGUUCUUCAAGGCGAGAUCGUAGAAAGGAGGCUGAAGUGAGUUCGCAGCGCAUGUAAUCGCUGACCCUUCAGUUCCGUGUAUAGCCGAUUCCCAGAAAGAGACAUUGAAAUUGGUCGAUGUUGUGUUGUCUCCAGGGGUUGCAAUUCUCACGCUUGCGAAUUGAUUAUCCUUGCUGUUGCUGCAUUGCUCGAUGGACACUCUGUAGAAUGCGACGCUCGCCAUGCCGACGCCUUGCUGGUUCUCUAUGUGAAUACAAGAGCUGCCCGUAGCGGACACAGCCGUGCCUUCAUAAUUCGUAAACCGAAUACCCGCUACGGUGAAUCCGACCGAUCCAUCAACAGUCAGGAUCUCCGUGUCCUUGAGUUGUGAUUUCAAUACGGGAAACGAGUCCGGAUCGGCAAGGUCUUCCGAAAAAAGAUAUGUGUUGCGACCUGCAAUUAGUAUUACACGUAACGUAACAUCCAGCACCUCGUGUACCGCACGUGUAUCGUUCAGCACCUCUGAAGGUGAGGGGGCUUAGCAGAUUGAUUUCGGUGAUCCCUGCCGAAACGCGGACGCAUCGGAUGGUCGUCUCUGUCUCGGGAUCUUGGGCUUCCAGAGUGCCGAGUGCCUCCCUGAGUGUGCCGGCUCCUGAAUCAGCCCCGCUUGACACUGUCACUGUAGAGGUGCACGAAGGGGGGACAAAGUCAGAGGUGCCAAACAGGGCUCUGAAUCCAGCCUCAUUUGUCCCAGGUACACACGCGGCGCCGCAGCCAACGAGGUCAAACACACGAACAUGACCGCAGUUGGAACCAUAGUCCAUUGGAGGGAGGGGGAGAGGAGGGGGGGCACCGCCAUCAUUCCCGCGAGCACCGAUGGCCAAACGAGCGCCAUCACUGGACAUGGCCACUGCUGUCCCCGAUUGGUCAUUGGCCGCUUCGCCAUCGAUGUCGGCGCCGACUUGAGUCCAAGUGGAUCCAACGAGGUCAAACACGCGAACAUGACCGCUGUUGGAACCACCGCCAUCAUUAUAGUAAGCACCGAUGGCCAAACGAGAGCCAUCACUGGACAU